CCUUAUUCGAACUGAAAGAGAUAAGAAAGAAGGGAGAGCCUCACAAUCAAAAGGGAGAGAGAUAAGGGAGCUGGCCGCAGGGAUAAUCUCCAGUUCGUGGAGCUCACUGUUUGGUUCGUAUCUUGAGAAAUACUCAUCCAAAAUGGGCGUGUGAGGUGUCCACUGAAAUCUCUCAAGACGAGGGAUCCAUAGAUGUGCGGUUUGAAGAAAACGGAGAAGUUUAAGGCCUCCAAAUCGUCCGAACAAAACACAAUCUCGCAGAAUACGUUUUUGUAUUCAAAGUUAGGGAACGAAUUCGCCGGAAUAACACCCGUUCUAGGGGCUGUUUUUGUAUCGACAUUUAGGGGUUGAGCUAGCACUUUGAGGAGGCUAUUUAACACUCAUAUUCAAGCAAGGAAUCAGUUCUUAAUCCACCUUGACCAAAGCUUUGACCAUUGGAUCAAGAAGGAAAAGUUUAAAGCUCAAUUAAGAUAGUGUAUUCUUUAUUCCCCAUAUAUAUCACAUAAUGAACUAACACUUUUGUCAAGUCCGAUUCAUGGAGACAAGCUAAGAAGCCCAUAGUAAUAUUAUCUUAAAGCCCACAAAAGUGAAGUUUUCAUUGGAUUUGAAGUCCACCCGAGCGAUUCUUCAUUCUUCCAUAGUUCCAUGGAAACAGAUGGAAAGAGGAAGUGCAAAGGUACAACUUUAACUGCUCUACCCUGAAACAUCCCUUUCUGCUCUCUCCACACUAAAGACAUAGCAAACAUUUCCUCACUUUGUACAUUGUUUAUUCAGAAAUGACAAAACCUCAAACACAAAAUGCAGUUAAGACCCCACCCACCCUUCUCUCUGAUCAAAUUUGGCUCUCCCUCCCCAAGAGCCACCCCCAGUCUAUCAACUGCGCCCAUCCUUACCCCUGUCCUUUUCUUCACUUCUUAUGACAGUAUGCUUCAUUAUUGGGGGGAUUGACAAUUUCUUGAUAUGCAUUAUUUGCUUUGAUUUAGGCUUUAUACUGACAAGGUUUGGCCAAUGCUAUCCGUGCUUUGCCAUAAUGCUCCAAAUGCAAUUAAAUGUCUUACCUUUUCAAGUAAUGGGGCCUUCUUUCAUUGGAAAAUUGUAAUUUCUAUUUAGUUAUCACUAUUUUUCGAAGUAAUGGAAUAUUUUUGUUGAAUUCUAAAACCCAGUUCAUCCAAUUCUUAUUUUUCCCGCUGGUUUAAUUGGAAGAACAGCUUAGGGAAUGCAGGCACAUUGUACUGUCUGUUUGAUAUUAUUACUGUUUGUAGUUGAAUUGGUUAUUGGGAGAUCAGAUUUAGAAACCCUUUUAGAGGUCAAGAAAGGGUUUAAGGAAGACCAUUCAGGAAAAGUCCUUAAUUCUUGGGAUUCCAAGUCUUUGGAAGCAGAUGGAUGUCCCCGGAACUGGUAUGGGAUCACCUGUAGUGAGGGUCAUGUUACUUCAAUAGUACUUAAUGGUGUUGGUUUAAUUGGAAAGUUGGAUUUUCCAGCCAUUAGCAGUCUCAAGAUGCUGCGAAAUCUAUCAGUAGCUAACAAUCAAUUGAGAGGUAAUGUCACACUGGAUGUUGGUUUUAUUGAAUCAUUAGAAAAUUUGGAUCUUUCUCACAAUAUGUUUAGCGGGUCAAUACCCUUGGAAUUAACUGGUUUAAAGAACCUUGUAUCACUCAACUUGUCCAUGAAUGACAUGGAAGGUGAGAUUCCUUAUGGGGUUGGUAGUCUUGAACAGUUGAGUUAUUUGGAUUUGCAUUCAAAUGCACUUUUGGGUAAUGUGACGGGCCUGUUUGCUCAAUUGGGUGGUAUCCUUUUUGUAGACAUAAGUGGAAACAAGCUGUUUGGAUCAUUAGACUUAGAAACCAGGAAAGGGUAUUCCAGCUUUGUGUCUAAGGUGAAGUAUCUUAAUAUUAGCCACAACAACAUGAGUGGGGAGCUCUUCCCUCACGGUGGGAUGCCAUCCUUCGACAGCUUAGAGGUUUUUGAUGCAAGUUAUAAUAUGUUUGUGGGCAAGCUCCCGUCCUUUAACUUUGUAGCCUCUCUUCAAAUUCUUAGACUUGGAAACAAUAAGCUUUCGGGAUCACCACCGCAAGGUCUUCUGCAACAGAGUUCAAUGAUCUUGUUUGAGUUGGAUGUAAGCCAUAAUGAGCUUGAAGGCUCAUUAGGAAACAUCAAUGCUGAAAAUCUCAAGUUUCUUAAUUUGUCUUCCAACAAGCUUUCGGGCCAAUUGCCUGGCAGCGUAGGGCAUUGUGAAGUUUUAGAUUUGAGCAAUAAUAUGUUUUCUGGAAAUGUGUCCAAAAUCCAAAGUUGGGGAAAUAAUAUUGAAGUUAUUAUACUGAGUUCCAACCUUUUAGUUGGAUCCUUGCCAAACGAAACCUCUCAGUUCUUGAGGCUUUCUUCACUAAAAAUCUCUAACAACUCGUUAGACGGUCUACUACCAUCCAGUUUAUGUACAUACCUAGAACUAAAAGUUAUUGACUUAAGCAUAAACCUUUUAAACGGUUUCCUCCUUCCCUGCCUCUUUAAUUCCACAAGAUUGAGUUAUAUACACUUGUCUUCCAACACUUUUAAAGGUACAAUACCUAUGGAAGCAAUGACCCUUCAGAACCCGGCCCUUAUAACACUUGAUUUGUCUAAAAAUGCACUUUCUGGGCAUUUAUCUCCCGACUUAAUUCGGUUUAGGAACUUAGAAAGUCUCGACCUUUCUAACAACAAUUUUGAUGGUGACAUUCCUACAAACCUUUCUGACACAUUGAAAUAUAUUAAUGUUUCUUGUAACAAUUUCUCUGGACCUGUUCCCCAAAAUCUAUUGAGGUUUCCUAACUCGGCAUUUCAUCCGGGAAAUUCCUUACUUGUGUUCCCACAUGAAGAAGUUAAAGUGAAUGGUACUUCAUAUCUGAGCUCAGCAAGACGGGGUCCGCGCUUGAAAUUUGCAGUCAUAGCAGCUCUUGUUGCAGGUCUAGUUGGCACCUCCUCUAUAGUUGCUUUGCUGAUGUACAUGGUCAUUUGCAAAACCCAUCAAGUAGAUGGUGGGAUGGAGAACUGCGCUAAAGGAUCGACAUUGUCAGCUGGACCCACAAGUGAUCUCAGCGUUCGGGGCUUGCCAGCUCAAACAAGAAAAAGUGAAGCGAUUUCUUCUUCUAUAUCACCUACGAGGAUACAAUAUCUAUCAAAAAGUCCAAAACCUCUAAAAGUUUCUUCCCCUGAUAAAAUAGCGGGAUCAUUACAUUUGUUUGAUUGCGCCUCAAAAUUCAGUGCAGAUGACUUGUCUUGUGCUCCUGCACAAGCUAUGGGAACAAGUUGUCAUGGUACAUUAUAUAAGGCUGUGCUUGAAUCAGGCCAUGUGUUGGCCGUCAAGUGGUUAAAAGAAGGGACACUGAAAAACAGCAAGGACUUUGCAAGGGAAGUAAAGAAACUGGGAAACAUUAGGCAUCCUAACAUAGUAUCCUUUAUCGGCUACUACUGGGGCCCUAAGGAUCAUGAGCGGUUGAUCCUAUCAAAUUAUGUUGACUCGCCGUGUUUGGCUCUCUACCUUCAUCACAAAAACCCAAGAACGCAAAAUGCCUUGUCACUUACGGAUCGGCUCAAGAUUGCUGUAGAUGUUGCCAGGUGUCUAUGUUACCUUCACCAUGAAAUCGCCAUACCUCAUGGAAACCUAAAAUCCACAAAUGUCUUGGUUGGAACAUCAACUGCCAACACAGUCCUCACAGACUAUAGCCUCCACAGGAUAAUGACCUCAGCAGGGACAUCUGAGCAGAUACUAACUGCUGCUGCACUGGGCUACCGACCGCCUGAGUUUGCAAGCAUGAGUAAACCUUGCCCGUCAUUAAAGAGUGAUGUGUACGCUUUUGGAGUCAUCUUGUUGGAGCUGUUGACCGGUAAAAGCGCUUCUGGCAUUGUUCCUGGGAUGGUGGACUUAACUGAAUGGGUGAGAUCGUUGGCUGCCCUGAACCGAUCACUCGAGUGCUUUGAUCCGUUUGUGGUGGGAGUGAGGAGUGCAGAUCGUGUGUAUGUGGUUCUUGAUGCCAUGCUGCAUGUUGCUCUUAGUUGCAUCUUCCCUGCAGAUGAACGGCCUGAUAUGAGGGUGAUCUUUGAGGAGCUGUCAUCAUUAUCAGUUGAAGACACCACACUACAGAUAGUUAAGUAGGGAUGGAACAGCCGAACAGGUCUGGUUCCUGGUCCAACAUUUGGGCUACCUGUAACGGAGACUGGAAAAGAUAGGUCAACUCCGGUUUUUGUUUCAAACUGUUCCCAUUCUAGUCCUAUAACUCCUAUUCCUCACAGGUUUUAGCCUCUUUCAAAAUAUUGAAACCUUAACUGGUUUGAGGGCUUAUUUUGGAGGAGCCUAAACCGGUUUUAGACCAGUUUGUUUUGUCUGGAUCCACCGCUAAAAAUAUAUCAGAAGAUUGACAAAAUUUUAUUUUUAUGGCAGUUUAGAGAUCCUUUGGAUUUCUGUUGUUCAUUAUACUACAUUCAAUUCAAG